AUGGGAAACGGAUCAUCAUCCGAUGAGAUCCCUGUUGCUCCAACACCAUCCAGAGAAAUACCUUUAACUGCUUCCAGUAGACAAAGGACAGAAAAUUGGAACACUGUGCUUCCAAGCAACACUCCUGGAAACAUAAACAAAGUUGCUGCUCUAACACAGCGGAGUAGCACAGCGCAGUAUAGUCCAAUAAGACGGAGUAAUCAAGAGGAAAGAUGUUAUGAUCCCGAAGAUCUCACUCUUACAUUCGUGGAUGGAGACGAUGACAUGGACUUUGAGCUAAAUGAGUACAAGUCUCUCAAAACAAAGAUGUCCUGUGGUCACACAGUUACCCCGAUGUCUCUCAUGAACUGGUGUCAACGGUUGCUAGACAAGGGUGAGACCAGAUUUGUUUGUGGUGUGUGUCCUGCUAAGUGGUCACAUGAAGAGGUUUAUAAAAAGGCUCUAAUGAAUCCUGAAGAAAUUGAGCACUUUGACAACACACUGUUCAAAAGAGUUGCUGAAGAUCACUUGGGUGUGAAAAAAUGUCCUGGCUGCAAAAGUUUUGCGGUGAGAAGAGACCUGAAUAACCUGAGGGUGAAGUGCACAGUGUGCACAGCUGACAAAGGAAGAACCUACCAGUUCUGCUGGCAGUGUUUGAAGGAAUGGAAACGUCCGUCUCCAUACUCAGACCGCUGUGCAGAAGACGGUUGCUUCAGUCAGCAAAUGGAAAUACUGAGAACAUGUCCAGAGAUCACCUUCGAGGAUGUGAAGAACGUCACUGGCUGUCCUUCUAUCCGUGCCUGUCCCACCUGUGGUGUGCUGAUUGAACACAACAGAAAGAAAUGCAAAAACAUCACAUGUGAACGGUGUAAGGUGAAGUUCUGUUUUGUGUGCUUGAAGCUUGAAACAGAAUGUUUGAAAUCAUCUACACAUUACAAACCUUGCUUCAGUGGUGUUGCCCCACGACAGACCGCCAUACCUGUGUGGAAGAAAUGAGUAUUUUUACUUUUCUGUUUUUCAAACAUACAGGUGUCUUUAUACAUCUGGCAAUCUCAAAAUCUUACACCACACUUAAUUUCAUUAUCAUUAAAAUGUUUAAUCUCAAUCACAGCCUUCUAAUUCUGUAUAGGUUGUAGGAGUAUAUAACGUUCCUGUGCAGUCUGUUGUUGUUUCCACUGUCUCUUCUUUGUUGGUUUUGCUACGUUUCCCUUAAAUGCUAAUUCGAUAUCAUAUAUUAUCAUUAUACAUUGGCGAGGAAACCAGCUGAAAAACGGUUUUCUCAUGAUUUUGCUGAAUUUUUUUCCAAUAAAUAUUUUAAAAAACUGA